UCAGUGGGAGGAGAAUCAUUUACAAUGUGAGGAGCGACUUUACACGCCGCGUUUCCACUAUAACGAAGUUGAACUGAGGAAGAGGCAGCUUUAUCCGGAUAGUUUGUAUCUCCUUCUACAGCCUGUGAUGGAGGUUUUACUGGACACCCGCAGACAGAGAAAACUCCUCAUCCUGUACCUAUUUAUUGGUAAUGUUGCAGCGCAAUGUUCUAAACCAGACGCAGGAGAGAACAUGGUUCUCACCGAAGAAUCUCUCCUAAAAAAUGAUUUCCCAGAGGGUUCCGAGGUCACAUUAGAGUGCAGCAAUGGAUAUGAAAAAGAAAGUGGCUCUGGGAUCAUGAACUGCAUUGAUAAUAAGUGGACUGAGCCAGAUCUCAACUGCAAGAAGAAAGACUGUGGUUUCCCUAAAGCAGAGCCACACAUGGAAUUUAAUACCAGCCAGGGUACUCUGUUUGGUUCAGUGGUUAAAGUAACCUGUGAAGAAGGUUACCGGAUCAGUGGAUCAAGCUACAAACACUGCCUCCCAAAAGGGUGGUUUGGAAGGGCAUCAUGUAACAUUGUUACUUGCUCCAAACCAACUGAAGUGGAAAAUGGCGAACAUUCUUGGAGUAGUGACAAUAAACCAGAAUAUAAACAAACUAUACAUUUCACAUGUAAACCAGGAUACACCAUGCUUGGGAAUCAAAGUAUUCAGUGUACCAAAAAUGGCAAAUAUGAUUCUGAGCCUCCACAAUGCAUUGGUUUGACCACAGAAGGCAAAAUUACAACAAACAUUAUUACAACUGCUCCCACAACAACAGAACAAGAAACAUCCACUGGUAAUGGUUUGACUGCCACACCAACUUUUCACAAAGCCACAACUGUCACAGCUAGACCAUCCACAAAUAUCUCAACACUGAAACAAGAUUACAGAAAAAGACCAUCUGAGGAAAAUAAUACUACACCCAGUACUUCAAAAAAAGAACAGAAUAUAGAGACUUUAAAUAUAAACAAAGAUAAAGGAUAUACAGCUGUUAUAAUCAGUGUGGUGGUUGUUACGAUAGUACUCUGCCUAGUUGCAUUCUUUUUAAACAAGUUUCUUAUGAGAAAAAAAGGCUCAUAUGACACUGGAGAAGACCUGAAGCCGGAGUUAUUACAGUUCCAAAAUCUUUAAGUGUUCUUCUUCAUUCAGAUCUGUUGGAAAUGAACCCAUCUGUUAGGACAUCUACUGCAGGUGAAAGACUGCCAAACUCUGAGUGCCUUACCAACAAGCAUUGGACAAAACAAGUGGCUUUCAUUUAUAGUUUUAUUUUUGCACUUUUAAUAGAAGACCAAACCUAUUGUAAUACUAUUGUAUUGUGUCACAGCUUAAUAUUUAGAAGCACUUUUUUAUAGUCAUUUUUAUAAUUAGUCUAAGUAAGUUGUAAAUAUUGUAUUUCACUUAAUAUUUUUGUAUGUCCUAUUUAUGUUAUAAACCAUUUUUCUACAUGUUAUAAAUUAUUUCAGUAAUUUAAAGAACACACAGUUUAAAGUUCCUGAGAAAGCUUUAUCCUUUGAGCUUCCAGGUUUUCCUGUUGUAUUCCAUUUUAUCACAACAGAGACAUAAUACAAGUUGUUCAGGAAGGACACAAUGGGGUUAAUUCAGUUUAUAGUCUGCAUUGGAGGCUGGUGUAGAUGCUAUCUGUUAUUCGCCUCCUGACUUGACUUUCUUUUCAUAAUUGUUUAUUGUUCUCGGGUGGUUUUAUCUACCCUGCAGAACAACAGAAAUCCUUUUCAUUGAGAAAGAUUCCAAAACAUCUCUACAAUGUAACAUUUUCAGAUAAAAAGGGGAAAAAAAUCAUGCUUUUUAACAAUAAAGCAAUGUAUAUAAAAUGUACUUUUGUGUGAAUACAUAAAGGAGGAAAUAUAAAUCAAAAACUAAAGUUCUUUUAUAAGCUCAGAUCACUGGAAAACUAUUGACGUCUACAUGAGUAUCCUGUUGACCCUGCGGUCCCAAAAACUGAUGAUUCUUCAUUGUACCAUGGACUUCAUGCAAGAGGUCACAUUUUUGUUGUUGUUUUGGAACCCUCAGAGAAUUUAUUUUUCCUAUUUCCCCAUCCUCGUGGUUUCUUACUGCAGCUUCUUCCUGUGUGAAGCCAGGCAUUCACAUUUAAUUACUUAAAUAUUUUGUUGAAUAACUGUGAAAAGACAUAGCCAAGCCACAAAUAUUGUAAGCAUUCACAUUAUAUGAGCUAUAUGCCUUGGUUAAGAGGACAGACAGUUUAUUUCGAUAGAGGGGUGGUGUCUCUCAAAGGCCAUGAUGACAGCAGCUCGGUACAAGCUAUCAGCAAUCCUUCAUUCACAUCCCAACACUAAACGAUUCUCAGUGGUACUUCUUGGACACAGUUUCCGCACUUCCAUUUGGUUUCUUUCUGUAGUAAAUAUGCAGAUUCUAACAAUUAAUGAUUACAUAACAUUCUGAUUAUCUAUGCUAGCAGUUCUUUGAGAUUUAGUAUUGACUACUACCCCAGCAGAAAAUGACCAAAAACACUCACUGAGCAUAAAUAGAUGGAUGGUAACACAAUAUACAAUAUGGAAUAGUGGUGUAACACCAUUUGUUCACUUCUAAACCUCAGAGGACUUCACAAAAUUUUCUGAGAGCAAAUGCACACAUGUAGAUUCUAUGAACUGAUAAGGAGCUUACUGCAAAGAUUGCACUUUAAUUUAGGAAUGUCAUAUUAGAGGCUUAAAUACAUAUGUAAACCACACUAAUUAUUUACAUUUGUAAAAAGAUUUAAAACUAAAUAUAAUUUUCCAACGACUUAACAGUUGUGCACUGUUUUGUGUUGGUCGCUUGUCUGAAAUCUAAACGUUUCUGUCACAACUCCACCUACUUUCAAGGAGCACCGAGGGGGUGAAAAUCUGGUAAUGUGAGAACUUCAGCAAGACUGGAAGGACUGAGAAACUCAUUUUUGGAGUAAAGAAAAAAAUCUAAGCAACUAAUCAAAACCUAAGGGAGUGGGGUCUGUUACAUGGUUGGCACAGGACCUAAGAAAACUUUGGGUUGAACCAUUUUAGAACUGAUUAAGAUUCUAAGUUAUUCAUACCACAGUCAAACUCAUACAAAUCAUAAUUGUUUUUCACUCAUUAUUCUUUGAACUGAAUUUCAAAUGCUUUCUGCAGCAUUAUUUAUAAGCACUAAUCUUUUAAUGUCACCGACUGGUGUUUAUUAAUCUUGCUUAAAGCCAUUUAAGUAAUUCCUGUCUGGAGAAUUGUUUAUAAAUGCAUCAGAGGCCAGCAAUGUUGGU